CCCCCCCGCAACCCCCACAAAACAACGCACAUACAACCCGAUCCGCUGUACUCGCUGCACAGAAGGUGCGUGCAUUAUAUUGAAGCCGCGAUGUGGUGUCAUCAACCAAAGUCCAAUCAGGUUGGCAGGCAAUAAGGCUUGACAGAAGAUGCGACGGGGCCGGUGGUUUAUCAGAUGGCUGGCAACAGGAAUGGCCAUCCUGUCUUCGCUAAACGCCGUCUGGGGCCAGGACACCGACGAGUGCAAACUGUCCCGGCCCGGCCCCCCCGCCACGAUAGUGACCAUCGACGAGGAAAGCCCCAACGGAACAGUUCUGGUGGAAAACAUGCAGAUCAACGGCCGCGCCCAAGACCCCGGCAGAACCAUCUCGCUGACUCUCCUGGAGAACUCCGAUCACUGGGUCAUCCUGGAACCGAGCAGACAGAGGCUCUACCUGAACAGCACCGGCCGCGUUCUGGACCGAGACCCUCCCAACUACAUCACCACCAUCGUGGUUCAGGUCCAGUGCACCAACGAGCUGGUCGGUACCGUGAUCCUGCACGAGGUCCGAAUCGUCGUGAGGGACCGGAACGACAACACGCCGCGUUUUCAGCACCCGCGCUACUAUGUGGCGAUCAGCGAGCUCACCCCGGUGGGAACGACCAUAUUUACUGGCUUCUCCGGAAGAAACGGAGCCACUGACAUCGACGAUGGGCCCAACGGACAUAUAGAAUACAGCGUCCUGUACAACCCCAACGACCCGGAAUCCAACAGCACGGUGAGCGUUGCAAAUAGCCUAUCGGGAAACAUUGUUCUGGCUGAGAGGCUCAACUACGAGGAGAGAACUCGCUACCUGGUUUUGAUCCAAGCCAAUGACCGGGCGCCGUACCCUCCCAACAGACGCACCGCCACCACCACGCUGACGGUGGACGUCCUGGACGGCGACGACCUCGGACCGAUGUUCCUGCCCUGCGUUUUGGUCAACAACACGCGCGACUGCAACCCGCUCACCUACCGCGCCGCCAUCCCCGAGCUCACCGAACCGAGCAAAUUGAACCCCAUCAAUGUGACCCCUCCAAUCCGUGCCGUGGACAUGGACCGAAACAUACAACCGCCGUCAGACAGGCCCGGCGUGCUUUACUUCAUCCUGGUUGGCCAUCCGGUCACAUAUCCUCAGUACUUCUCCCUGAACAAAACCACGGCAGAGCUACGCGUCCUGCAGCCCAUCAGCAGGGACUUGUAUCAAAGGUUCACGCUUGUUAUUAAGGCCGAACAGGACAACGGUCACCCCCUGCCGGCCUACGCCGACCUCGUCGUGGAAAUCCUCGACGAGAACAACCAGGCGCCGUAUUUCCAGUUUGUCACGUACCAGGGCUACGUGAGCGAGUCGUCCCCGGUGGGCACCACCAUCUCGGCCGGGGUCAACCUCACCACGCCGCUGGCCAUCGUCGCGCUGGAUAACGACGUAGAGGAGACUCGAGACCCGGCGUUGAAGAUAACGCUGGACGACUACACGGCCGUCUUCGGCCUUACCCCCGCCGGCGUAAUCCGCUACCUGAGGCUGCUCAAACCCGUGGACCGGGAGACGCAGAUGACCUACACGUUCACGAUGGUGGCGUCGGACGGCGUCCAGCAGAGCGGCCCCGUCAACGUCAACAUCUUGGUCGUCGACGCCAAUGACAACACGCCUACGUUUGCUCGGGUCUCCUACGCUGUGGACUUAUUCACAGACAUGCAACCCGAGGAGACGGUGCUGCAGCUAACGGCGGAGGAUGCUGACGAGGGGCUGAACGGACUGGUGACCUACGAGAUCCUGGCCGGGUCCCAGGGACACUUUGUCAUCAAUAAUCGCACGGGGCGCAUCACGCUGGCACCCGGCGUCAGCCUCGCUGUCGGACGAUCUUUCGCUCUGACCAUCAAGGCAUCUGACAAUGCGCCAGAGUCUCUGAGAAGGAGCUCCAUCACAACCGUCUAUAUCGAAGUGUUGCCACCCAACAAUCAGAGCCCGCCGCGAUUCCCGCUGCUCACCUACAACCUGGAGGUGAGCGAGGCCACGAGGAUCGGUGCAAUUCUGCUCAAUCUGCAGGCCACAGACAGAGAAAAUGACCCCAUUGCAUAUUACAUUCUGAGCGGGGAUUCCCAGAAGGUGUUCAACCUCUCUGAAACCGUUGGUCUUUUAAUUUUGGAGAAACCUCUCGACAGAGAAAGCAACGACCGCUACCGUCUGGUCGUCACGGCCUCAGAUGGAAACCCUGGAGGGACGUCGACAACCACGGUGGACAUAGUCGUGACCGACGUCAACGACAACGACCCCGAGUUUGACCCCGUGGCCCCCACUAACUUCACUGUCCGAGAAGAGGAGGCCAAUCUGCUCGUGGGACAAGUCAAGGCCACAGAUCCAGACGCGGGGGCGAACGGCCAGGUGGGCUACCGGGUCGUCAAUCAUCCCGACUUGUUUGUAAUCGGCGCCAACGGCAGCAUCUACACCCGGGCGCCGCUCGACCGGGAGCUCAGGAGCGGCUACGAGCUGGUGAUCGAAGCCUCCGACGAGGCCGUGGACCCCCGGCGGACCGCUUUGACCGUCACGGUGACGGUGACGGAUAUCGACGACAACAGCCCGGUCUUCUCGCGGCAGACGUACGUGGUGAACGUGCCGGAAAACAGCCCCGUCGGAACUGUGAUCCUGACGCUUAGUGCGACAGAUUCAGACCUUUCCUCCAAUGUCACCUACCGGAUCAAGUCGGAAUCGGCCCGUCAGCUUUUUUCCCUGAACGCGAUCACGGGACAGCUGGCCGUGCUGCAGACUCUGGACUUUGAGGAUCUGGCAGCUAUGGGAAUGGGAGCCUUGUACACUUUCCAGGUGGAAGCUGUCGACCAGGGAGGCGUCACGCCCCCGGGGCAGGCUACCGUCACGGUCCGGAUCACGGAUAUGAACGACUUCUCCCCCAUCUUUAGCCAGCCCUUGUACAAAGGAAUGGUGGCACCCAACGCUGAGAAGGGGACCGUCAUCACGACGGUCUUCGCAGAAGACCAGGACCCACCGGGCACUCCGGCCAGUUUUGUGCGCUACCGAGUGGACCAGGACAGGUCGCCGUACAGCGGGAGCAUCUUUGAUGUGGAGGAAGUGACCGGAAGGAUCGUCACCAAGGUCAACCUCAAUGAGGAGCCGAGUCUUACCUUUAAGUUGUUUGUCAUCGCCUUUGACGACGGCGAGCCCGUGAAGACGAAUAACACCUUGGUGGAGAUCACCGUCCUUCAGCCGUCCCGCAUUCCCGUAUUUUCGCAAGAAGAGUACAGGUUCCCUCCCGUCAGCGAGCUGGCGCCGGUGGGGACGGCGUUGGGGACCAUUCGAGCCGCCGCCGUCAACCAGACCAUCUACUACUCCAUCGUGGCCGGAAACGAUUUGGGUCAUUUCCGCGUGAACAACAGAACGGGGGUCAUCUCCACGGCGAAGCCGCUGGACUAUGAAAACGUGACCGGCUACGUCCUGGGGGUGCAGGCCGACUCGCUGCUGGUUGUCAUGUCCAACUUGCGUGUGCCUUCCAAAACGAACACGGCCAAGGUGUUCCUGGAGGUGCGGGAUGAGAACGACCACCCUCCCGUCUUCAGCCGGAAGCUCUACAUAGGAGGCGUGACCGAGGACACCAAGAUCUUCAGCUCUGUGCUCAAGAUAGUGGCUACCGAUCAGGACACCGGGAACUUCAGCGCCAUGGCGUACCGCCUCAUCAUCCCGCCGACGGCGGAGGGCCAGGACAGCUUCGUCAUCGAGGCGUACACCGGCGUCAUCAAGUCGGCCAUCAUGUUUCGAAACAUGCGCAGGUCGUACUUCAGCUUCGAGGUUAUCGCCACCGACGACUACGGCGAGGGUCUGAGCAGCAGCGCCGACGUGGUGGUGUCUGUGGUCAAUGCUCUUGACAUGCAAGUUAUCGUGUCAACCGUCCCACCUACUUUGGUUGAAGAGAACAAGGACCAACUCAUAAGUAUCCUGGAGCGUCACGUCCAGGAUCAAAUUCCCGGCGCCAAGGUGAUUGUGGAGGCCAUCGGGCCGCGUCGUCACGGUGACGGCUUUGAGUUGGAGGACUACACCAAGUCGGACCUGAUGGUGUACGCCAUUGACCCGCUUACAAACAGGGCUAUUUCACGCCAGGAGCUCUUCAAAUUCCUCGACGGGAACGUUCUGGAAAUCAACAAGGAGUUCCAGCCUUACCUGGGCGAGGGCGGUCGAAUCUUGGAGAUCCGCUCGCCGGACAUCGUGGCGAGCGUGAAGAAGGCCGCCCAAGCCGUGGGCUACACGGAGGGGGCUCUCCUCGCUCUGGCCAUCAUCAUCAUCCUCUGCUGCAUCCCCGCCAUCCUCAUCGUCAUGGUCACGUACAAGCAGUUCAAAGAGCGACAGGCAGAGUGCGCCAAAACCGCCAGGAUUCAAAUGGCUUUGCCGCCCGGAGGCAAGGCAGCACCCGCCAGCGCUGCGGGGGCCAACCUCUACGAAGAGCUCGGGGACAGCAGCAUGAGGCGAGGCUACGGCAGGCAGCAUCAGCAACUGCUGAGACCAUCUCUGCUAAGACCCGAGGAACUCUCCAUGGAGUCCGGCAUCGACCCCGGCCAAGAAUACUACGCGCAGGACUACUAUAAUCACGAUCAAGGGUACGACCUCCCUCAGUAUGGCAGUCGGAGGAGGUUGAUAGCGCCCAAGUAUGAUGAAUAUGGAGAGGUGAUUAUGGAAGAUGAGGGUUAUUACUACAGUCCGCAUGGCCCCGAGCUGGGGAGAAAGAUGCGGAUGAGGUUGGCGGUCGAUCGAGAAAACGAGACCACCUCCACCGGAGAGGAGAGCUCCUCCGAGACGCAGAGGAGCCGACCGCCCAGCGUCCACAGCAACAUUAACGGGAACAUCUACCUCGCCCAGAACGGCACUAUUGUUCGAACCCGACGGACGCCCCACCCGAACGACCUGAAGGUGGGUUCCCACUUUAAAAAGCUGGACAAGCUGGGGGUGACUCGCGAAGAGCCGUCGCCCAUCGUUAGCGUGGACGGGAUUGACGGUAACACGGAGGACGGGACGGGUCCGUGUAUCCCCCCCGACGCGGACAUCAACCUUAACACCCGGGCUUCUUGCAGCUCCCUGGCCUUUAGCCUGAACGGUCUUAAAAGCUCCGGAUCCAAAACCAGUCUCGCCAAAUCCUCGCUCGCCAGGAACGGCGGCGGUCCGUGCGCCGACGUGGAGCUGGAGACUCCGGUGGAUGAGCGCAAGGACAACGGGGAGACGCUGCCGGUCCACGGCGAUCACGGCGUGUCGGAGGAGGAGGAGUUGUGGAUGGGACCUUGGAACAACUUGCACAUACCAAUGACCAAACUUUGACUCAUCAGCCGCGUUUACUUGCCUUUCAUGCGUGAUUUUUGGUUUGGUUUGCACAAAUAACUGCGUGCCUCUACUGUAAAAUCUCCCGAGUUCAAUUUCCUUUUCAUUUGCGUCGAUUCGAGAACGAAUCAACAUCGAGCUGCAAGGCCGUAAUUCACCUUUUCAAUUUUUUUAAUCUCUGCUGCUUUUUUUUCCAAUUCUUUUAUUUCAUCACAUUAAUCACUGAUAAAGAUCUUUAAUAUAUUAAUAUUAUUUAAUAUUAUUAUGAUGGGAGAAAUGAUAAAAAUGAGAUCACGGCAUGUGAUGGAGUAAUGCAUAUUUUCAAGAAUUAUUUUAGAAGGCAUUUAUGAAGAUUUCUAAAAAAAAAAAAAAAAAACAAUCUAUGAAUCUGAAAUUAUUUUUCUCGAUUUUUAUAUCUAAUGGCGAUGGAAGGAAAUGUCCACACAAUUAUGGCUGUUUUUCCAGCAGUGAACUAGUGAUAUUGUAUUAUUUUUUUUUGCAUAUUUUUAAAAACAGGAUGUAUUUCCAGCUACAGUGAAUACUCUGUUCUCGAACAAAUCGGUUUCCGAACGAAAAUUUCGAGAUUUUUUUUUUUUUUUUCGGCUUCUGUAUUCGAACGAAAAUCGGGACUCGAACGCCCCAGACAAGACCCGGAAAUAACAUCACGGGCGGCACGCCCAACUGAUCCACGACACUGCCUCAGUACGCAGACGUGGGGAAACAUCGAUUCGGUUUCGGUUCUCGAACCGCCUUCUGGAACGGAUUGUGGUCGACAAACCGAGGUUGUGUUCAUCUUUAAUGUCGGCGGGGCUAAAAAAAAAAAAUUGCAAUGUGAAGCAUAAAUAUCAAUUUCACCGCUUUUUUUACCCACCGGAAGCGACGCCUCACACUUUUGGAUGUAUUCAAGCGUGUCUUUGUGACCAUGUGUGGAAUGUUUGGGGCAUUUGGUUUUUUUUUUUUUGUUUUUUUUUUUUUUCGGAAAGUGACUUCUUAAAAUGCACAAUCGAGCGAAAGUUGAAUAAAAGGUUGCACAUUGCUACAACUUGGCGGUAUUUUAGUUUCAAGCGCUUUAUGGCGAGUCACCAAAUUCGGGGUUGCGCGUCGCUCGAGUGCCAGCAGGAAGUAUGAAAGUGGGGGAAG